CGUAUAUGUUCCAUAGCAACGUUGGUGAAUCCUUCAUGCGCAACCCUUCUCUUUCCAUGCAAAUGGAUACCAAGGAGGGUUUGAAUAUGGCACUGGCUCACCGACCGGGUGUUUUGGCCUCCUCGGAGAAAGGUUCCAGUGCGAAGGAACACGGUUCAGGCACUGUGACUUGGGCAGACAUGAAGACGACUGGACCAGCAAUUCCUCGCCAAUUGUCAGGAAACCAGAUCAACAUGCGCAACUAUGGGAAGCCCGCUCCGACACAACGAUACUAUAUUCCUGGCAAAGAGGCUAUACCCAAUGAUCUUUAUGGGCAUGUCGGACAAGUUGCUCGACCUCUUGGCAGUGAACGCAUGUCAGGACUAGACGGCGCAAUGGAUGAUUUGGCGGAAGUGGACCUUAGCACGCGCAUCGAUGAUUCAGGACGCAUGGCAGCAGGACAGCAGUUGACCGAAGCAGCCGUGCCGCCCAAGGCCAACGAGGAGGGUGCGCAUUGCCUUCGUACUGCGACUGGCAGGAACAAACAAAAGAGGACCUCGUCCCCAGGCAAGCAGGCGCCCAAGGAACGAAGUGAGUCCUCACCAGUAAACGCCCCCGGAUCUCCCAAGAAAUCGGGGGAGCACUCGCCAGCCAAGGCCAAAAUCGAGCAUGUCACGAACAAAUUCAGGCGUAUGAAGAAAGACGAUGUGCGUGGACUCUCCCCCGAGGAGAAGACCAAGCGGGCCCAAAAAUGGCACAAGCGGUUUCAGCGACUGAAGGAGAGCGAGGCCAAGGAAGUGGAAGAGGCGAGGAACGCAGCAUACGGCCAGUGA